AUGUCCAGGGCACAGAUCUCGGCUGUUGUGUUUGGCGUCGGGGGCUUUGGUGCUCUCGUCGCUGCCACCGCGUCUAGUGAGUGGAAAGUAACUAACUACCCGAGCAUCCUCGGUGAUAGCGGCCACUUGGGUUUACCAGGGUCUGUGGAUGAACUGCGCGGGCGUUCCCGGAAGGCGGCGUGGCUGGGGGUAGACGCGGACGGAGCGGCCGCGGGUGCUCCGCUCCGGGUUCCUGCGGAGCGGAGGCGCCCGGGGCUCCAGACUCCCCGCCAGCGCCGGCAAGACGCUGCCGGCGUACCCGGAGGUGCCGCCCAGCCCGCUGCAGGACGCGAACCUCUGCUCCCGCCUGUUCUGACUUUUCCGUUACUUGAUGAGAUAUCCCAGUGCAACCCUCAGCUGCCAUCAGAUGGUAAAACCGUAGUGGACGUGCAAGAUUUCACUGCCUUUUGGGAUGAGUCGUCACUGUUGAGUGCUGUGCUGGGGGAGCUGCCCCCGAGCCAGGGGCUGGUCAGCGUGCACGGGAGGAUCGCGUAUGUUUCUCAGCAGCCCUGGGUGUUUCCAGGAACUCUGAGGAGUAAUAUUCUAUUUGGGAAGAAAUAUGAAGAAGAACGAUAUGAAAAAGUAAUAAAGGCUUGUGCUUUGAAAAAGGGUUUACAGCUUUUGGAGGAUGGAGACCUAACCGUGAGAGGAGACCAGGGAACCACGCUGAGUGGAGGCCAGAAAGCCCGGGUCAACCUCGCCAGAGCCGUGUAUCAGGAUGCAGACGUCUACCUCCUGGACGAUCCGCUCAGUGCAGUAGAUGCAGAAGUGAGCAGACACCUGUUCGAGCUGUGUGUUCGCCAAGCCCUGCACGAGAAGAUCGCAAUCCUAGUGACACGUCAGUCGCAGUACCUAAAAGCUGCAAGUCAGAUUCUGGUAUUGAAAGAUGGCAAAAUCGUGCAAAAGGGGACUUAUGCUACAUUUCCGAAAUCUGGGGUAGAUUUUGAAGAUAUCCUUUUAAAGAAGGUGAAUGAGCAGGCUGAACUGUCUCCGGUUCCAGGAUCUCCCACUCUGAGGAAUCAGACCUCUGAGUCCUCAGUUUGGUCUCAACAGUCUUCCAGACCCUUGCUGCAAGAUGCCGCUCCAGAGGACCAAGAUACUGAGCAUAUACAGGUUACACUACCACUGGAGAGCUAUUCGGAGGGAAGAGUUCACUUUAAGACCUACAUGAAUUACUUCACAGCCGGUGCUCACUGGCUUACCAUCAUUUUCGUUCUUCUGGUAAACAUUGCAGCUCAGGUUGCCUACGUCCUUCAGGAUUGGUGGCUUUCAUACUGGGCGAGUGGACAGAGUACACUGUGUGCCAUGGUGUGUGGAAAAGGAAACCUAAUUGAGGUGCCUGAUCCCGACUGGUACUUUACAGUUUGUUCAGUUCUAACUGUAGGUACUGUCCUUUUCGGCAUCACAAGAUCUCUGUUGAUACUCUGCGUUCUUGUUAAUUCUUCACAAAUUUGGCACAACAAAAUGUUGGAGUCCAUUUUGAGAGCUCUGGUAUUGUUCUCUGAUAGAAAUCCAAUAGGAAGAAUUUUGAAUCGUUUCUCCAAAGACAUUGGGCAUAUGGAUGACUUGCUGCCCCUGACAUUUCUUGAUUUCAUCCAGACAUUUCUCCUUGUGACUGGUGUGGCCGGCGUGAUGGUGGCUGUGAUUCCUUGGACUGUGAUGCCCCUGGUUCCCCUUGGCAUCAUUUUCUUUGUUCUUCGGCAAUAUUUCUCAGAGACGUCAGGAGAUGUCAAACGCCUGGAAUGUGCAGCACAGAGCCUAGUGUUUUCCCACCUAGCAUCUUCCUUCCGGGGACUCUGGACCAUCCGGGCGAACAAUGCUGAACAGAAGUUUCAGGAACUGUUCGAUGCGCACCAGGAUUUGCAUUCAGCUUUGGAUGCUGGUAAGGUGGGCCUGGCGCUGUCUCUCGCCCUCACGCUCAUGGGGGUGACCCAGUGGUGCGUCUGGCAAAGCGUCAGAGUUGAGAAUAUGAUGAUUUCAGUAGAAAGAGUGAUUGAAUAUACAGACCUCGAGAAAGAAGCACCCUGGCAAUACUUCUUUCAUCUUCCACCACCAGCCUGGCCCCAUGAAGGACAGAUUUUCUUUCAAAAUAUUAACUUAAGGUACAGCUUGGAUGGGCCUCUGGUAUUGAAGGACCUGUCAUUAACUCAAGAGGAAAGGUUUGUUGGCAUUGUGGGAAGAACAGGAGCUGGAAAAAGUUCCCUCAUCGCUGCCCUUUUUAGACUGUCAGAACCUGAAGGUGAAAUUUCCGUCUACGGGAUCUUGACAGCCAUAAUUGGAUUUCACCAUUUAAAGAAGAAAAUGUCAGGUGUACCUCAGGAACCAGUUUUAUUCACUGGAACAAUGAGGAAAAAUCUGGAUCCCUUUAAUGAGCAUACGGAUGAGGAACCGUAGAAUGCCUUAGAAGAGGUAUAAUUUAAAGAAGCCAUCAAAAGUGUUCCUGGCAAAAUGGAUACUGAAUUAGCAGAAUCAGGAUCGAACUUCAGUGCUGGACAGAGUCAACUGGUGUGUCUUGCUAGGACUAUUCUCAGGAAAAGUCAGAUAUUGAUUAUUGACAAAGCCACAUCAAAUGUGGACCCAAGAACUGAUGAGUUAAUACAAAUAGUCCAUGAGAAAUUUGUUCAGUGCACUGUGCUAACCAUCACAAACAGAUUGACCACCAUUAUUGACAGCGACAGGAUAAUGGUUUUGGAUUCAGGGAAACUAGAAGAAUAUGAUAAGCCAUAUGAUUUGCUGCAAGAUAGAGACGGCCUGUUUUACAAGAUGGUGCAACUACUGGGCAAGGAUGAGGCUGCUGCCCUCAUUGAAACAGUAGAACAGGUGCACUUCAAAAUGACAUAGACAGAUAUUACUCACAGUGACCAUGUGGUUAUGAACGCUUCCAAUGGACAGCCCUCAGCCUUAACAAUUUUUAAGUCAGCACCGUGAUUCUACCAUGAGGUCAAGUCUAUUCCAAAGGUAUUUCUCCAAUAGUUUUUGCUCUGCAUAAGCUACACUGUACUUUCUUUACACCAGCAACAAAUAUUUACACAUACAAGAUGUUCGUUUAUUUGGAUUAUUUUCUCCAACUUCACCCAACGAUUCUAAGCUCUUACAAAAGGAUUAUUUUUCUUACCUAAAUCAGAGGUACAGGCCACCAAUAAAAGCUGUCUCCCAGUUUUUGUGCCUUGACAGACUCCAGAGACAAAGCACAUUUUCUAAGGUGCAAGACAAAGCUGUCACAGAUGUUUCUUACUAUUCCCCAAAUUAUAUACCCCUGGUCCAAUUAUAUCAGGGAUUCUAUUUAGUUGACGUGUGUGAAGUUGCCAUUUUGUCUCACCACUUCCGUUAACAGAACUGGGUUCCAUACCCAAAGACCUCUGGUUAAAAUAGUAAGAGAAAACUAAUAGGAAAAACAAAAAAUAUACCUUAGUUUAAGUGACAUUGUAUGAGAAAGAGGCAUCCCCUCUCCAGAAAAAAAAAAAAUAGAUAUAGGGUUAAAAUACAGAAGGACAAUAUUAUAUGUUCUAAAAGAGAAGGGAGAGAAAAUAUACUUUUUCAAAAUAGGAGCCCUUCUAGGGGAUUUCAUAAUGAAGGACAGAUGUAUGAUCGAUUGUCUUUUAGACUGAAGAUCUAAUUUAAUUAUUUUAUUGUGGUAAAAUAUAUAUAACAUAAAAUUUGCCAUAUAACUAUUUUUAAGCAUACAAUUCAGUGUCAUUAAUCACAUUUACAGUGUUGUGCAACCAUCAAUGUCUGGUUAAUUUUUGGUAAUUAUUUUAGGACUAUUCAGUUUGUUAUUUCUAUAGAGUCAUUUUUGGUACAAUUUAUUUCUCUAGGAGUGGAUCUCCUGUGAGUUUUGAACUUGACUGACAUAAACUUAUUCACAAUAUCUUAUAUGUUUAAACUCUGCAGCACCUAUAAUUGUGGGUUUUUUUUUUUUGCUUUUUAAGGCUUGAUUGAUCCUUUCUGGUUUUUUAAACAUUUUCUAGUUCAUUACAUUAUUCUUUCUUUCCUUCAACUUUUCAUUUAUUUUGAGAUUUUUUUCCUCAAUUCUUAAACUGGAAACUUAUAUUAGAAAAAGAAUUAAGUUAAAAAUUAAGUACAUAAAGCAUACUUUUGUUUCCUAAGACCCACCUUAGCUGCAACCUACAAGUUCUGGUGCUUAGCACUGAUCAAUAACCAUAGUAUUAGGUAAUUUCUAAUUUAACUCAAUUAUAUCUUUUACCCAUGAGUUAUUCAUAAGUAUAAUGUCCUCUAAAUUUCAAAUGCUAAUGUACUUUUUCUAUUAGAUUGAACCAUGUGGAACUGCUAACAUUCAACCUUUUUUUAACUUAU